AUGGGUUUCUUAAGAUGGCCUUAUCCAGAGACUCCAAUAGAUGGCCACUGGGGUAAUGUAACUGCUACUAUUGAUUGGUGUGAAGAGAAUUACGUUGUUUCUUCAUAUAUUGCAGAAUGGUCAAAUACUAUUUCAAAUAUUACUUAUCUAAUUACUGCAUCUUAUGCUACUUAUUGUGCUUAUAGAAACCAAAUGGAAUUAAGGUUUAUAUUAAUAGGGGCUGGGUUUGCUGUUGUUGGUGUAGGAUCUUGGUUAUUUCAUAUGACGCUGUUGUACCGUUACCAAUUAUUAGAUGAAUUACCAAUGAUUUAUGCUACAACCAUUCCUGCUUGGAGUAUGAUUUGUGAAUAUUUAGAGAAUAAGCCAAAUAAUAAAGGUAACAAGAGGCAACUAGAUAGGAUUGAAUGGGCUGUGGGCUUCAUUCUUUCUGUUUUAGUCAUCGGUAUCACCGUUUUCUACAUUAUUAAUAGAAAUCCUUUAUUUCAUGAAUUUGCAUACGCAUUUUUAACAGGUAUAGUAGUUAUAAUUGCAGGUUGGUUAAACUAUAAACAUGUUAGAAAUCCAAGAGCUAAGAAGAAUUUAACUCAUUGCAUGGCAAUCGGUAUUAUGCUUUUUGGCGCUGGUUUCUUAUCUUGGCAACUAGACAUUCGUCUCUGUUCCCACUGGAUUAAUAUUAGAAGAAGUUAUCUGAAGUUACCAUUAGGUAUCUUCUUAGAAUUACAUGGUUGGUGGCACGUUCUAACUGGGUUAGGUGUCUACUACUAUAUUGUUUUCUUACAAUACUUGAGAGUUUUAACCCAAGGCAUGAAGGAUGUCAAUUUCAUCUGGAGAUGGAGAGUUCUUCCAGAACUAGUCAGAAAUGACCAUGCUAUUAACACCAACUUCUCAUAUGAAUUCUUAGGUAACUACGCAACACCUGAAGUUUCAGUGUAG